CACAUCCCUAUUUAAGUUGACGCAUGCUACCUUAAUUUCUGCACAAUUCGAGUAGCAAUCUAAAGAGGAUUUGAUUUCUGUAGCAAGCAACAGCCAUGCAGGUGAAGAUCGUGAGCAAAAGGCUUGUUAAGCCACGUACCCCAACUCCACAAAACCUCAGAAACUACCACAUCUCAUUCAUGGACGAACUCAAUCCCACCAUGAACGUUGUCGGAAUUUUCUACUACAACUCCCCCUCCGCCGCCGCCGCGAACCUCGAGCAUCUCCAUCAAUCCCUGUCCGAUAUCUUGCCGUCUUUCUACCCUUUCGCGGGGCGGUACAUGAAGCAAGAUCGCGCCGUUGAUUGCAGCGACCAAGGCGCCCUCCUCAUCGAGGCGGACGUUGAUCUCCAAAUGCUUGAGACUAUGAAGCUCGACGUCGUCGAGGAGCUCAACGACAUUCUACCCUGCGAAAUCGGGGCAGCAGACGACGAGACGGACCCUGUCUUGCUCGUCCAGUUCAACAAGUUUAAAUGCGGUGGUUUGGCAAUCAGUAUUUGCAUUUCCCAUAGGGUCGUUGAUGCGUGCUCCCUGGGCACGUUCGUCUCUGCAUGGACGAAUUCUGCCAGGGGAGAAAAUAGGGAAGAAAUAUGUCCAGUCUUUGACGGGCCAGUUUUCUUCCCUGGAAAACAUUUCCCUGCACCUGAGUUUGGGACAACCCGGGGCAGGGAAAAUGGCCUCUAUAACAUCAUUUGCAAGAGGUUCUUGUUUAACAAAAAUACAAUUUCUGGCCUCAAGGAGAGGGUUUUCAAGCCCAAUGAGCAAUCCCGACCCCCUUCAAGGGUCGGGGUAGUCUCAGGACUCAUAGUCAAGGCCAUUGACCGUGCUCGGGCCCAGGUGGGCCCGGCUACAGAUUUAUUCGUGGCGCAGGCUGUCAACAUCCGCGAGAGGACCGUGCCACCGCUCUCCAAACAUUCUUGUGGAAAUUUGGUAGCUCUGUCUAUCACAGAACUAUCAACAGAGGAGACAAAGAAGAUGGGGCUUGAAGACUAUGUUCGCGUGCUAGGGAGCGAUGCGAGGAAGACAGUGCGCGAUUGCGCGGGACUGAUAAGUGAGGAAGGGCACAGGGAAUGGAUUGAGGCAUCUCAUGAGGCGUCGGAGAUAUCUCUGAGGGAGGAUGUGAAUGUUGUGUGGGUGACUGAUUGGAGCAAGUUUGGAUUCUACGAGGCCGAUUUCGGGUUUGGGAAGCCGGAGUGGGCGAGUGUGGCUAAUGUGGUGGUGAAGAACCAUGUUCUGUUGAUGGACACCAAAGAGGGAGAUGGGAUUGAGGCAUGGGUGCAGCUUGAAGAAACUGACAUGCCUUAUGUCGAAGCCCAAAUCAGAAAUUUCAUUUCUGCUUAGUUUGGUUCAAACAAAACUUUGUAUUGUGUAAUAUGUAUUUUCGUUUCCCUUGUUUUACCAAAUAAUCGGUUCUUCUUUCAUGGAAGUUCCAACUUUGAUCUGUAUAAAUAAACCCUAUGAGUAUACUAUUGUAAUAUUUCACCAAUUCCUUA